AUGGCUUCUGCCACGCUCUCUCGGGCGCUCCGCCCAAAUUCGUCAUCCCUCACGAGCUUCCUCUCCCCACGUCUCCGCUCAUCUCCUCCACCAUACGUCCGGUCGCAUCGUCGAUUAGUACAUGCUAGCGAAUUUCAACCAUUUGUCCCUCCUUCUCCGAGUUCCUUAGGAAGGCCCACGGCCGCGAAGACCUACACUCGCACCCGCAAAUGGCUCCGUCGGCUUUUCUAUCUGUCCUUGACGUCGGGCGUCAUAUACGUUUUGGACAACCAAUUCUACGCUUCAUCCUUGACUAGAACCGCUCGGACAUUUUCUCUUGGGCUACUUGUUGCUUUGGACUACAAAGUCAACUUCCGUCCUAAUCCUCCCCUCGCCGACUCCAUUGCAGAUGUCCAUGCUCGAAAUGCGGAGCGACUGUCAGAUCUCUUACGGCACAAUGGCGGUCUCUACUUGAAGAUUGGCCAAGCGAUUGCCAUGCAGUCGGCCAUACUUCCACCAGAAUUUCAAAAGAUGUUUGCUCGCAUGUUUGACGAUGCGCCUCAGAAUGAUUGGAAGGAUGUGGAGAAGGUGAUUCGAGAGGAUUUCGGCAAGUCUGCGGAGGAGGUCUUCGGCGUCUCUUUCAGCGGUGACCCGACAAAAGGAGUUAUGGAGCGCACAGCCCGAGCGAGUGCUAGUGUAGCUCAGGUGCAUUGGGCUCGCUUGGCUGAUGGGAGAGAGGUGGCCAUCAAGGUCCAGAAACGGGAGAUUGCACGACAGAUCAAGUGGGAUCUGUGGGCAUUUAAGGUCGUGACAUGGAUCUACAGUCGUGUUUUCGAUAUUCCCUUCUACAGUCUUGUCCCCUACGUUAGCGAGCGCCUCUUCCUCGAGACCGACUUUGAGAACGAAGCCGACAAUUCCGAACAUAUGGCCAGAUUCGUCGCGGGAGAACCCCGCCUCCGAGAUCGCGUUUACAUCCCCAAGGUCUAUCGAGAACUUAGCUCCAAGCGCAUCAUGACGGCUGAGUGGGUGGAGGGCGUGCGACUCUGGGACAAGGAGUCUAUCACUCGCCCGUGGCGCGGAGGCUGGCGGCAAGGCAGUCCUGGCUGCGGUGGAACCCCGCUGGACAACUUCCAGAGCAAGAACUCUUCCGCAGCGCUGACGCAGCGAGGGAUAAACAGCAAAAUCAAGCCUGAGCGAGACUACUGGCGCGGCAGGAACGGUCGUGGUGGCCUAGGCCUAUCACUCAAGGAGGUUAUGACAACUAUGGUGGAUUUAUUCUCUGCGCAAAUGUUCCUCUGGGGCUUGGUACACUGCGAUCCGCACCCAGGUAAUAUAUUCAUCCGUCGAAAGCCUAAUGGUCACUCGGAGCUUGUCCUCAUUGACCACGGUCUCUACAUCCACAUGGAGCCCGAAUUCCGACACCAAUACGCAAGCUUCUGGAAAGCCCUCCUAACCUUUGACAACGACACCAUCAGCGACAUUGUCCACAAAUGGGGAGUCAACAACGCGGACAUUUUUGCCUCCGCAACCCUCAUGAAGCCCUACCGGGGCGGAAACCUCUCCACUCAACAGCACCUCGAAAAACUCAGCAAAUCCGAGCGCGCCCAGCGCCACUACGAGAUGCAGCAGGCCAGCCGCAAAGCAAUCCGCGAAAUCCUGGGCGACGAAACGAAGUGGCCUCGCCAGCUCAUCUUCAUUGGCCGCAACCUGCGUAUCGUCCAGGGGAACAACCAGUUCCUAGGCUCGCCUGUCAACCGUGUUAAGAUUACGGGACUGUGGGCGUCGCGUGCGCUUGCAGAGUCUCCGGACCUUCCUCUUGCUGAAAAAAUUAGGAACUAUGGUCGCCAUUUGCUUUUCCGUGUUGUUCUAAUCUCGAGUGAUAUCUUCUUCUACUUCACCAAAGUGCGACAGUUCCUACACCUCGGUGGUGGAAUGGAGGACGAUCUCGAGGCGCAGAUGCAGUCUGUGGCCAAGGAUAUGGGAGUAGAGUUGAACCAUAGUAUUUUCGAGGGUUGA